GUGAGAAGAAGGAGUAUCAUGUGAUUAGUUCUUGCUGGCUUCCUGAGCAGCUAUGUCAGAGAAAAAACAACAACAUUGAGAUUUUUACAGGACCUUUCUUUAGUAGUAGCUCUGGAUUAAUUUAGGAGGAAUUCUCCAAGAUGCAAAACGUCAUAAACACAGUGAAAGGAACAGCACUGGGAGUGGCGGAGUUUCUCACUCCUGUAUUGAAGGAGUCCAAAUUCAAAGAGACUGGAGUCAUAACACCAGAAGAGUUUGUAGCAGCUGGAGAUCACUUGGUUCAUCACUGCCCCACGUGGAAAUGGGCCACAGGAGAAGAACUUAAGGUGAAGCCAUAUUUGCCCCAAGAUAAACAGUUUCUCCUGACUCGCAAUGUUCCUUGUUAUAAGCGUUGCAAACAAAUGGAGUAUUCAGACGAGCUGGAAGCCAUCAUAGAGGAGGAUGAUGGAGACGGGGGCUGGGUGGACACUUACCACAAUUCAGCAAGUGUGCUAGGAGUCACUGACGCUGUGCGAGAAAUUUCCCUGGACAAUAACAAGGACAAAAACAUGAAUGCCACGUCUGCAGCAUGUUGUGAAGAUGACGAUGAAGAUGAAGAUGGAGAAGCAGCAGAUAUGGAAGAAUAUGAGGAAAGUGGUCUGCUGGAAACAGAUGAGGCAACCCUGGACACCAGUAAAAUGGUAGAAACUAAAGCCAAAGCAGAGCCUGGGAGUGAAGAUGCCAUCCUUCAGACAAGAACAUAUGACCUGUACAUCACAUAUGAUAAAUACUACCAGACUCCUCGACUCUGGCUGUUCGGAUACGAUGAAGACAGACAACCACUGACUGUAGAACAGAUGUACGAGGACAUCAGCCAGGACCAUGUGAAGAAGACGGUCACCAUUGAGAACCACCCCCACCUUCCUCCACCCGCCAUGUGCUCCGUCCACCCCUGCAGACAUGCCGAGGUGAUGAAAAAGAUCAUUGAGACCGUGGCAGAAGGAGGAGGAGAGCUGGGAGUUCAUAUGUAUCUUCUGAUUUUCCUCAAGUUUGUGCAGGCCGUAAUUCCCACAAUAGAAUACGAUUACACAAGACACUUUACCAUGUAGCUUCAUAUGUAUCGGCCUAAUACAUAAUAUGUACACAGAAAGAUCAGAGAUUAAAUCUGCUCUGCUUUGUGGAGUGUUUGUGUAACUCAAAGAUGCUUUAUUGGGUACAGUACAAGGGAUGGUUAUGUAUGUGACAAAAACUUGCAGUUGAAAAGACAGUCUCAUUUUUUUUUUUUUUUUAAACAUGCUUGUUUUCUACAAACCCCAAAAGAGAAGAACAUCAGCAUCAGUUUGAUAGUUGUGUAGUACAAUGUUCAAUAAAUUCUGAUCCUCAUUUUCAUCAGAUACAGUUUUUAGAAUUGUUUUCCCUCUCUAUUUCAGUCUUUGUUCUAAUCCAAGCUAACCCUGUUUGUGGACAUUUGUGCGCAGACACAUAUGAAACUGAUGUCCAACUUCUCACAUCACUUUGACUAAAGGAGCUUCUACAGUACUAUGGGACCUUAACGCUGUAACCUAUGCAUGCAGCUGACGCUGGUGCAAGUCAUUUAGACUUGUGUGAAACUUUCUGUGAAAUUUUGGCCCAAUUUUGAUGGAAUUUCGCCGAACACAAGUCAUACAGUUGUCUGUAUAUCCAAAUCUCCUCAAUUAAACCUACGGAUUUUUUCAACAAGUGGACCAAUCGCAGCUCUUGCACUCUAUGUCGCCGCAGCUCGUUACAUUUUUGGGGAGGUGCAUGUCAGUUGGCGCUUGCCUCCAUGAAGGUUCUGCGUAGAUGUCUGCAUUGUCACUGUAGUCUAUAAGACUGCAGUCAAGGCUGCGUCUUAAAACUCGCAAUGUAACUCUGAAGCUUCUCGACAGGUUGAAUGUUGUGGGAUUAAAUAAAGGAAAUAUGGACGUGCAAAGGAAGAAGUGGCUAGAAAAUCGACAUGUUCCCAGUAUAAACGUUAAAAUCUAAAAUAUAUGGUCAACCUUUUAGUAUUUGAAAAUCUAUUAAACACUGUUUUCUCCCCUUCCGCUGCCAUCACUAGCAUUCGUUUGUGUCCACCCAAUGAAUGUAAGUGCUAUUUUCACACUCCGCUUAUCUCUGCUCUGGUUCCCAACAUCUACUUUAGCUAAUAAAGUCUCCAGUUGUCCUUUUCUGUUUGUUCUUGGGCUACAAAUAAUAUUAAUUCGGGUGGCUGAUGUGUGUGUUUUUGUUAACCUGUCUCUGAGCCUAACUAAGCCGAAUUGAUCUAAGCUUCUUGACUAUUCAGAUUGUUCACAUGCGUCAGAUUUUGUUAUUGCUACUAUACUGAUGCACUUUGCAGGAGUCGCGGCUGAACCUCAUCAUUCUUAAUCAGCUUUCCAUACCAGUUUGUCUUAAUGCAUUGAAUGUGUUGAUGACGGGACAUGUUCAUCCUCUUGUUGUUUGCUUAUAAGCACCCUUCUGUGUUUUAAUUAAACUUUGUCCAUUUUUCCCCCCAGUCUUGCUUCUACAAGGUUUGAUGUAUUAAUACCUUCUGUGUCUAAGAUGUCUAUGGCCUCCAUAGCGCAACGUGCAAAGAUUCACAAUUUGUUUCACAAAGCAAAUAGAAAACGUAACGGUGUACGUAAUAAUACAAUCCUUCAAUAUUAUUGACUGCUUGUUUAUAAUAUCGUGAAUUCUAACCUAUACUGGCUUAUUGCAAUGACAUGUUUCAGACAACACAACAAAAUAAAGCAUCUAAAUCAGU